AUGGAUGCGAUGGCGCAUGCAGAGGCCAGAGCACGGGGUCGGGAUUGGGGUUCCACAGUAUAUGAUUCCGCCGCCAGCAACCCUCCGGCUUCUGAAGGAAACAUGGCCAAUACAGGUGGACAAGGCAUAACUGCUGGAAUUUCUCGGGAGGCUCCAAUUAUAUCCAGCAACAGACGAAUGACUACUUUGGAUGGUUCCUCGGAUGAUGAACCAGCCCCCGAGAAACGCAAGACCACUGCGGCGCCGGCCUCCAGCCAGCCGUCAAAGAAACCUGUUCACAAGAGGCAGGAUCGCCAGCAAUCCGCCUGCCCUACUGAGCCCUCCAUUCGAGAAAUGCUUGCAGAGUUGGGAGAGGAGGAAAUUGCCCUUUACCACAAACGCAUGGCCUCCUCCUUCAAUACCAGAAAGCUGACCGUCAAGCGCAAAGAGACGACCAGUGGAUCCGGAAGACAGACUUAG